AUCAAAAUUUAGCUAAAGGAAGUCCAAUUUAGCACUGAUCUACAGCACUGAUCAUCAGCUCUGAUCUUCAGCACUGAUCAUCAGCUCUGAUCUACAGCACUGAUCUUCUGCUCUGAUUUUCAGCACUGAUCUACAGCUCUGAUCUACAGCUCUGAUCCUCGGCACUGAUCCUCGGCACUGAUCUUCAGCACUGAUCUUCAGCUCUGAUUUUCAGCACUGAUCUACAGCACUAAUCCACAGCUCUGAUCUUCAGCACUGAUCUUCAGCACUGAUCUUCUGCUCUGAUCUUCAGCACUGAUCUUCUGCUCUGAUUUUCAGCACUGAUCUACAGCACUGAUCUUUGGCACUGAUCUACAGCACUGAUCAUCAGCUCUGAUUUUCAGCACUGAUCCACAGCACUGAUCUACAGCACUGAUCUUCAGCACUGAUCUUCUGCUCUGAUUUUCAGCACUGAUCAUCAGCACUAAUCCACAGCUCUGAUCUUCAGCACUGAUCAUCAGCUCUGUCCCGCCCUGCAGCAGGACUCAGAGCUGGGAGGAAGAGUCAAACAGAAACAGCUCUCAGAGCUCACAGCUCGUCUAAGAAAGCUGAUCUAACCGCUCAUGCUCCAAACCUGGGAGAAGCUUAAUUUUUAAGUUAAAAAAAAAACACUCUAUACUCUAUAUAACUUCAUUCUGUAACUUGAAGAGCAGAAGAUAUGAUUGGUGGAGUGAAACAGGAGAGAUGUGAUGAAUGGCCGACUUUUUACACAGAGCAGGCUUAUCGUGGAGCAGACAGUACACGAUUAAGCAGUGGGCCGUAUUCCUCUCCAGAGCAUCCCUAUCAUAUCUUCAGUCUCCCAAGAGAAUCAAUGGCUGGAGAAGACACAGAAGGGAUUGAGACUCCACCAGAUGUCCUGGUCCAACAGAGAUAUCCUGAAACAGAUCACAAUAGACUGGAGCUUCCUGACCUGAAAUCAGUGUACCGGAGAACCUUCAACCACACCAAGCCUCCUUAUUCCUACAUCUCACUGAUUUACAUGGCUAUCCAGCAGUCACCAUCCAAGAAACUCACCCUGAAUGAGAUCUAUGACUGGAUCCGCCAGCUCUUCCCUUAUUACCGGCAAAAUCAACAGCGUUGGCAAAACUCCAUCCGCCACUCCCUUUCGUUCAACGACUGUUUCGUGCGGGUCCCAAGGUCCCCGGAUUCUCCAGGGAAAGGUUCCUUCUGGACCCUGCACCCUGACUCUGGCAACAUGUUUGAAAAUGGCUGCUACAUGCGCCGACAGAAGCGUUUCCGCUGCAAGAGUGCAACAUCACCAUCCACAACUAAAAAUGCUUCAAAAAAGGCAGACAGAGAAACUGGAAAGGAAAGGGGCAAGAAAAAGAUGUCAGAGGUUAAAUUGAGAGUCUUAUCGUCUAUCUCCCCGCCUCAGCCUUCUAAGCCUCCUAUGCCAUCAGUGUUGCCACCAGUCAUGGAUUGCCCUUCCAUGUCACCUUCACAAAUCCCACCUCAGCAACACACCACACACUCACUGACUCCAUUUCCUCCAUCCUCAGAACCUUCUGCACACCUGACAAAUAUACCUUGCCCCACCAUGUCAACACUACAGCCAACCGCCUCCUGCCCUCCGGAGCCUUGCAUUCAUGGAGAACCCUUCUUCCACCAGCCUCUUUCUGUGCCACCAAUUAUGGACUUUCAGUGCUAUGAGCCUCCUGUGAGUUACCCUGUUUAUUAUCCAUCAUCAAGCUCCAACAUUCAUCAGUAUAAUCCAUAUCUCACAGGCAAGGACGAAUCUUCGUAUGCAGGAGACUCAGUGUGCUACUCUGGACUCAGCUUGUGCCCAGUGCCGGUUUUAAGCUCCUCCUGAAGCACUGAUUUACCCGUUUUUCUGAGCUACUGAAGUGCUACUUAUGUGUUUUAACUGACCUUUUGAAAAUAUUGUAUAUAAAUUAAAAUUUUAGAUAAUAAACCUGCCCUCAAAUGCAAAUGUGUUUGUCAUAGUUAUAUUUUGAGAGGACUCAUGAGUCAGUUGCUAGGUUUCCUCAUAAAUAAAGUUCUUACAAUUUUAUUCAAUGUUGUCAUGAACCAGAUAUUACUGAAGUGUUUGUAGUUGUAUUUGAUGUUAUAGAUCUCAAACGAACAUUCCCAAUUCCC